UCCCGUCGUCAAAGGACACUUUGUGGCGCCGCAUGUUGAUAUAACAAAUAACCGGCAAUUUCCUCAGAUUCACCGCAACACCGGACGACAGUCAUCCCUUGCCGGCAGGAACUGCGCAUCAUUUCCGCAGCGGAAGGCCUUAAUCACCGCGUUUCCCCGCUUCCGGCGUCGCCUAUUUAAGCGUCGCCACUGCCUCAUCCCCGAUUUCUUCCCUUCCUCCGCCAACACGACGUCGCAACAGUAUUUCAAUGCCGAUUCCGCGCUCUUCCUCCCCGACACCCUCCCCCGCAUCCCGGACCCCCGCGUGACCCGUCCCCGCCCCUCUUUGAUCCGCGUCGCCCCCAUGCACAACUCGGUGGGCCCCUUGUCCAACCGCAGCUCCCUGGCCAUCAGCACCGCCACCAUGUCGGAGGCCGGCGGGCUGGGCGGCGGCUUCCUCUAUCCUCCCGACUCCCGGGUGUCCCUGGGGACGUCCAUGGGCAGCGCCGUCAGCGGGAGCGCGAGUGGGUUGCACGACAACCUCUUCCUGCACCCGGAAGUACACAAUCCGCCGCUGGGCGGGAAAAAGAAGGCGGCGGAUAAGCCCAACGGGAACGGCAACGGGGACGUCUCCCUGGGCAUCUUCGGCCGGCCCACGCAGGAGGUCACGGCCGACGAGAUCGUCUCCGAGGGGACGGCGCAGCGCCGGCUGGCCGGGCUGUUGGGCCCGGUGGUGGGCGCCAUGGCCUGUGUGGGAUUGUAUCAUCCCAGUAGUGAGGAUGUCGAGCCGGAACGGGAUGGGCUGUGGAAUGGACUGUUUCCCUGGCGACAGGUGAUGAUCUUGUGGAACGUGCUGAUCGCGGUGUACCUACUGCUGAGCAUGACGGCCGUCGGCUACUACAUCCAGCUGGGCGACGGCGUCACGGUGCUGACCUUAACGGAGAUCUUCAUCGUGCUGCGACUGGCGCACGCCCUUUUAACGGUGCUGAUGCUGUUCAUCAUCUUCGAGUCGGACGACCGGUACGAGGAGAUGCUGGAGCACUGGUGCAUCUGGCUGCGCUGGCAGAGCGAACGCAGUCUGGCCGUUCUACGCAGACGCAUCUGGCUCAUCCUUAUCUUUGCCGUGACGCAGACGGCGGUGUACACGCUGCUGUGCGGGCUGUCGGUGUACGGGCGCAUCCCCGGCUUCGGGCUGAACUGGCUGAGCUUCGUGCGGGAGAGCGCCGCGGCGCAGCAGUGGCACUGGCUGCGCUUCCUGAAGGUGAACUUCGUGGUGUGCCUGACCAUCUGCAACCUGGUGCAGAGCCUCCUCGUCGGCUUCUUCUCCUCCUUGUGCCUCAUCGUCGCCCACGAGCUGCGCCUGGUGGCCCGCGAGAUCCAGGUGGAGGUGCGCGGCCAGGCCGUCAUCUGGGACAUGAAGAUUGAGCCACUGUCCGGGCAGGAGGUGACCACCCUGGAGUAUCUGCGGCGGAAGCACGGCAAGAUCCUGGCGGUGGCGCAGGCGGUGGACAAGAGCUUCCGCGAGGUGCUCUUCUUCAUGUACAUCAUCCACGUGCCCAGCCUCAUCUUCCUCCUCUACUUCCUCAUCGUCGUGCCGCCGGUGGACAACAACCAGAUCCGCGGCACCCUCAUCCUCUUCACCAUCUGGAGCGCCACGCAGAUGUUCCUCACCUGGUCCGCCGCCGUCGCCGUCCGCUACUGGGCAUGCGAACCGGCGAAGAUCCUGCACACCGUGGACAUCCAUGAGAAGAAGGAGAUCACGCAUGCCCACCAGACUUCGUUCUACUUCUUCAUGACCUCCCUGACCAGCCAGAAAUUUGCCAUGACCCUGUGGGGCGUUUUGCCGCUUAACAAGGAGUUCGCCUUAAUGGUGAGCGGCCUGAUUAUAACCUAUCUGUUGAUCCUGAUGUCCCCGGCGGCGCACCUGCGCAUCGUGCAGGUCACCCACUUCCCGCUGAUCAUCCCCGCCGACUACGGCCCCCCGGCCACCAGCCCCACCCCCUUCCCGGACCUCCUGACGACCACGGCGUGGGACAACGUCACCGCCGGUUCCCCCUGGACCCCCCAGGAGAACCGCACCAUCUUCCAGAUUCUGGGCUGGACGCUGCGCCCGGUGUCCGGCGGCAGCGAGGAGGCCUUCUUGCUCAACGAGCGCGCCGGCUGGAACACGACGUUCUUCGGCAACACCAGCAGUCUGCGCGCGGCCAUGCUGCCGCUGUCUAGCAAUACCACCGCUCUGCCUUAAAUGACGUUAAUCUUGAGCGCGUGCGGCUGAGCGCUUUUCUGACUAAUCGGCCGGCGCGGCGUGUUGCCUUAUUGUGUGCAUAAUGACAUAAUUACCAUUUAUGAAUGAAUAAAGGAAACUGCAAAGUG